AUGCCUGGAAGUGGAGCACUGCAGGUUGGCCUUGAUCAUGAUGCUGAGGUGUCUGCCACUUUCACCUGCAGAAUGAAGGAAGCAACCACAAACUGGAGGAGGAAAACAGAAAGCAAGGUGUGGUGUGAAGGACCAGAAAGAAAAGAGGCUGAGCCGACCCCUCGGGCUAACCGAGGGCAGCCCAGCCCUUCCCCGAGCGAGGCCUCCCCGGGAGGGGCCGGGGCCGGCUCCCCGCCGCCUCCCUCCCCCUUCCGGGCCGGGCCCGGCCCUCGCACAACCGGGGCCGGGCCGGGCCGGGCCGGGCCGGGCCGCAUGGACGAGCGGCUGCUCCGAGCCCUGGGGGGGCUCAGCCUGCAGCCCCCGCCUCGGAGGCGCUUCGGCAAGAGCCUGGUGCUGCUGCGGGGCCUGCCGGGCUCCGGGAAGAGCACGCUGGCCAGACAACUGAAAUAUGACUAUCCCAGUGCUGUAGUUCUUAGUACUGAUGACUUCUUUACUAGAAAUGGUGUAUACGUGUUUGAGCCUGACUUCCUAGAGGAUGCACACAAAUGGAACCAAAAGAGAGCACGCAAAGCAAUGAAGAAUGGGAAAAGCCCGGUUAUUAUUGAUAACACCAACAUCCAUGCUUGGGAAAUGAAGCCGUAUGUGAUGAUGGCACGUGAAAAUAGCUACGAAGUUAUAUUCCGAGAACCAGAUACACCCUGGAAGUUCAAUGUUCACGAACUGACAAGAAGAAAUAUCCAUGACGUCCCUCGACAAAAGAUACAACGGAUGAAAGAAGAAUACGAGCACAACGUUACCUUCCACAGCGUUCUCCAUUCCGACCAGCCCAGCAGAGAUGACAGAAGCGCCACGGGACCAAACACAGCUUAUGGCCUGGGUGCCCACUCCAGCCCCCCGCCGGCCUUCUCACACAGAAGACCUCGCCCAGCACGCACGAACACUGUGCCAUUUCGCUGAGGAGUGGAGGCCUCUGUAUGUGUUUUAAUUAUCAGGGUAUCAAAGUCUCUAGUUUUACUUUUUUUACACAAUUUUUUAUUCUUGUAUUUUCCUACUGCAUUUCAAAACAAGACUUUUAUUUCUUAAAAGUCUUUAAAUGUCGCUAGAUUAUGAUCUCACAGCUCUUGCUGGCUGAUUGCCCUCUUAUCUCUGGCACAAACGGCAUGCCCCCGUCCCUCUUCCUUCACUAAAAUUCAUUCAUGCUUAUGGUGACAUCUAUUAGCUUGUCCUUUUUUUUUUUUUUUUUUUUGCAUUGCUCUGUCACUGCUAGAGAGCACUGAAUACUCUUAGAUUCUUUUUUUUUUUUUUUUUUUUUUUCUUACAGCCCAUGUGGCCAAUUCCUUAAUUCCUUCGCCAUGCACUGGUCAUUUCUUGCAGUUUUGCUACUGUAUAAGCUUUUCUGUCUUCCCAUUCUUGUCUAGCACGUCACUGCUAACUUUCAGAGAGGCAAAGUCAAUCAUGGAAAAGGUAGUUCUAAGAAAGCAUGGCAAGAUUUGAUGCUCUUCUAAAUCUACACAUCUUCUGCCUGCUUUUAUGUUGUUCUUACCUUAGCGCUAACAGAGCCAAGCAGCAUCUCCAGCCUAAAGGAGGAAAACUUUAAUGCUUUAAACUGUGCCCUUCAUCUUGCGGAGACAUAGCAGGAGGCAGAGUUCAGUUUUCUGAAGGAAAGAGCACCAGCUGUGUGCUUGCUAACUUUAAGGUGGUACCAGGCUACAGAGGCAGCUGUAAAUAGCCAAAGCACAGGGCUGCUGACUACCUGAACUCAGGAGGACAAACUGUGUUGCACAAAAUGACAACUUAAGAAAGGAGGGGGAAAAAAGUGUUUGUAAGGGGAGAAAACAACUCCUUCCACCACGCAGUGCAGAGAAGCCAUUGACUGACGGCUGCCUGAGGAAAAGAAGCUAUCCUGCAGUAGUUUCAGCAAUUUUAUAAAAUCCUGCUGAUACAUCUUUGUCAACAAGGCUCAUAAAACAUUAUUGUAAAACUCAGCAUUUGUGAUGGCAAUUUUCUGUAAGUAGGCACAGAACAUUUGGCAGUGGCUAUAGAAGAGGGCAGUAGCAAGGUAUUUUGUAGUAGGAAAUGAAGACAGCUCACCCAGAUCAUGAAGAAACACAGGUGCAGCUGCUGUUCCUCUGCCAGACUAGUGGACAGAAGCACCAGAAGCAUCAAGGAGUACGUUAGUCCUGUGCAAAGGCUAAGCUGGCUGUAGGAGUCUGUAUAAAGCAGUAGGGGGGGGAUUAAUUAGUUUUUACUUUUAUUUUUUAACUCAGGCUGCAUGUAAAGCAGCAUGAUCACCAUUGUAAAUAAUCGUUCGUUAAAGGGUUUAGGGCACCUGCAGUAUUGCACAAAGUUUUUAGGCGAAGCCGCUGUCACCCUCUUACGUUCUCCAGUCCCACUACAGUGCCCACCUUGGCCGCGGGAGCUGCCCUCAGCCCUGCACUCGAGCCAAGUUAGUGGCACAGGGCUGCCGAAAGGUCACCAGGAGGGAGCCGCUGCCAUCCUUCUUUGACACCUGAGGGGCGAGGCGGGGCUGGACAACAGCACAACUAAACCAUGGAGUCAGAGCCUGCCCAGCAGAACUGCUUCUCUUGUGCAGAAGCUCCGGUUUUGAAAAUCUUCACCUGCAGAAGUUAAUGAAAAUGAAAUCAUGACUAGAAGUACUAACUCCCUCCUGGCAGAAAGAACUUGGGAUGAAAUUAAGGGUCUGGCUUUCUUUCAUAACAUUUUGGCUUAAAGUAGUACCUCUAACUAAGAAUGACCAAGGAUUUAUUAUUACUAUUUUUUUUUUUUAAUCCUUUUACUAUGAAUCAGUCAUAAUUAUAGCUGUUUUCUAGAACUCUUUUAGCACUGCAUGGAAAUUUUAAGGAAAACAUUACAGAACCAUGCCAGAAUUACAGAAGAGUAUCUCAGAAUUAAACUGCUAUGUUUGGUUCCAAUAAACUUAGACAAUUGUUGAUUUUGCCCUGUGCUACUUCUGACAAACAACUAUGCUAAUGCUACAGCUGGUAACAAAAGAGGGUGCUUGAGACUGAAACAAAGACCCUGCCAGAAUUCAACAACACAUCAGAAUCAAAGUAAUGGGUUAUAAAACCUCCAGCCAGAGUGAUGCUGGUGUAUGCAACAUUUGUGUGAGAAACGUAUGAUUAUUCAACUCCAAAUCAUUUGUUCUGCAGAUGAAAUGCCCUUUCAGGAGUUUUUGUAAUAUAACUUUAUUAAAUACAAUCGGGAUUUAAUGUACAAAGUAAAAAUCAUUUAACCUUGAAA